AUGGCAUUCCCAAUCAGCUACCCCGUCGUCGACGGGCCUGGCCGCCUCACCGAGAUCUGCACCUUCCGCAGCGAGAUUGCAACGUCCGUAGCCAAGUUCCCAAUCUCUCGCCAGGGCAUUGUGGGGGUUCAAACGGCCGACCGCCAGGUUGUGGCCAUGCUCGCCGACUGGACCUCGGCCGCCGAGAAGGAUCAGUUUGAGCCGGGUGAGCAGUACCAGUCCGUGAAGCCGAGCUUUGGCAAAAUCAUUGACGGCGCCAACCCGAGCUUUGCCUGCCACCAUAUCAUCCUGCCCACUGGCUCCGACAAGACGCCACAUGCGGCUUCCUACAUUGUCUCGCACGCGACCGUGCCCCAGGCCGACCAGGCCGCUGCAGCCACGGCCUACGCCGAGUUUGUCAAGUCGCCGGCUCACUUUGACUUUCUUGCUGUGGCCCCCGCGCGCGAGGAUGCCAAUGUGCUCGUGACGCUGACGGGCCACAAGGAUGCAGCGACAGCGGCGGCGUUCCGGCAGUCGGAUGUGUACAAAAAGCUGCAGGCCACGGUGGCCAAGGUGGCGACGGCCACAAGCAGCUACGACGUUGAGUAUCGGUCGUCAGAUGUGUACUAA